AUGGCGGAUUGGUCGUUACUUCCAUACGAUCUACUUGUUACAAUAGCAAAUCGUGUUACAGUUAUGGAGGAUUUCGUUGUAUUUGGUGCUGUUUGUAAAUCAUGGCGAAUUGCUGCUACCAAAGAGAAUUUUGAUGGACCAUUCCCACAACUUCCAUUGCUUAUGUUGGCUGUUGAAAGAGACGACGGCAAUGAUUAUCGUGAAUUUUACUCUCUUUCGAAGAAGAAAAUAACACGAGUAGUUCUCCCAGAAGCUAGAUCUAGAAAUCGAGAAUGUUUUUCAACAAUGGGAUGGAUUGCCACCGUCGAAUAUGCAGGUAUCGGAGAGAUGAAAUUAUUGCACCCUUUUUCACAUGCUCAAAUUCAUCUUCCUCCCCAUAUUGGUUUGAGAGAUUGGGAACCAACUCAUGAAAAUAGCUAUGUGUCUAUCAAUAAAAUUAUAUUAUCUGCUAAUCCUUCGUUUUCGUCCGAUUUUGUUGUGAUUAUUUCGUAUAGUAGACAUAAAAAUUAUUUGGCUUGUUGGCGACCUGGAGAUCUCUUUUGGACUCCAAUUGAUGAUGUUGAUGAAUUUGGUGAAUUAUGGGAUAUACACUACUUUAAUGGACAGUUUUAUAUGAUUACUUCUAGCGGAGUUUGGGUUAUUGAUGAGGAUUAUGAACCUCAAUUGGUUAUUCAGAAAAACAAUUAUGGUCCGCGAAAGCAGCUCUAUCUUGUCGAAGUAUCCGGUGCACUGUUACUUGUUUCACAAUUUUGUAAGUAUGAUGGUUUUUUUGGAUCCUAUACGACCUAUGACUUUCGAGUAUGGAAACUCGAUUUAAUUAGACGUAAAGCAAAAGAGAUUAAGGUCUUGGGAGAUAGUGCAAUUUUUUUAGGGAGGAAUGGAUCAUUUUCAAUUGACACGUCUAAGUCGAUAAGAGUGAAGCCUAAUCACAUCUAUUUUACUGAUAAUUGGAAAUACGGAGAUGGCAAAGAUAUGGGAGCUUACAACCUUGAAGAUGGAAAAAUUCAAUCUUUUUAUGCGGGCGUUUCUGUUCAUCCUAUUUACCCAGCAACUUGGCUCUGUUUUGUGGUUGAUCCUGUGGAUUAUUACACAAAAAAGGGGGAGUGGGACGAGUACAAGAACUACUGUGAAUCUGCAGCUAUUGUCGUGGUAGAAGAUGAUUCUGUGUUGGUAUUGUCCUUGUUGAUCCUUGGCUAA